GUACGGACAAGACGGGGUGUUGCUUCUCUCUCUCUCACUCUCCCUCUCCCUCUCCUACCUCUCUCACUCCCUCCCUCGGUCUCUCCCCAUUAGAUAGUUUGAUGAGCGCGAGUGACCGACAAGACCACAACGCGAAUCUAUGACAUUUCCAUACCGCGAGUGUGUGAGUGUGUGAAAAAUACGCGAUACAGAACUCCCUUGACUGAACUUCAAGUGUAAACAGAAGUGUAAUACCUGCGUUGAAAACAUGAUAACACACAUUAAAAUGGCGAAGAUGGAAAGUCCCUUGAGUGCAGUGGCCGAGUUACAGAGUGUGAAGGAACUAGUGGACAGCAAUAAUAACGGCGAAGCUGAGGUCGCCGACUCCACCCCGCGGUGCGACGCUGUAAACAUUACAGGUGGUGGAAACUCGUCCGGAGGGAAGUACCAGCUGCGGCCUCGUUCCCUGCAGGCCCGGCGUCGCUCUGACAGCGAGUGGAGUCUCCAGGACUCGUUGAGACACAAGCCGCGGCCUCCGCCGCUCUCCAGGUACCGCAGGAAGACGGCCAAUGCCCGGGAGAGGUACCGCAUGCGGCAGAUCAACACGGCCUUUGAGAGCUUGCGGGGCGUCCUGCCAUCCUGGGUGUGUAGUCGCCGCCCCGCCUCGGAUAUGACCAAGAUUACCACCCUGAGACUUGCCUCGGCUUAUAUCCGAUCCCUCCAGGAUAUACUGGAUGGUAACGCCCACCAGGACACCUGCUCCUGGGUGCUUUCCAGCAUCCUGGAAGAGGCCUCGACCAGCCCUAAGCAGCCGCAGGUUAACCAGUACCCCACAAUCUCCAACAAAAUGCAGCAGCCCCCUGCUUACGUCACUCAAGAAUCCGACUUUGUCACACUUCUCUGUAACCCUGCAGAUCCAGGCGUUUUCCAGGACAAUCUUGAGACGUUCUCGUACCUGUCACCCAUGUCGGAGACGGAAGCCAUGGCUCUCCUGCUGGGGAAUGACCCUCCUCGCACCUGGGGUGACAGCCAGCACCCGCCCCUUGUGUCGUAGGGCACUCGAGGUUCUCAGUUUAAUCUGAGACAUGUCUUGUAUUCCUGAAGGAGGAGCUCUUUACUGAUCUUUAUGACUUCCGUUAUCACAGGCUUCGUGCUCAUUCUUGUACGUUUAUACCAGCAAGUGAUAGUCUAUCCAUGUUAAUUUUUUCCUCGUUUUUGAUAACUUUAUUGGUUCACAAAGGAAUGUUGUUGCCAGGUUGAGUGAAAAAUUGGCUCUAUACAUCACGAUGAUAACGAGGGAAGUGAAUGCUGUUUUCCUGUGAGACUUACUAACGUGAAGCUUUGGCUGAACGUCAAAGUUAAAAGUUUACGUACCAGCACGAGACAGUUUACUGAGUUUACCUGGAAAACAUGAUGAUGGGUUUUGGUUGGUGCUUUAAAUGUAAGGUUUCUUAUAUAUAAAAAUCUUUUUGCUAGACUUUGUGGUCCUGAGAGUUAUAUAUUAACAAGGUUUACGACAUUUCAUAAAGAUAAUUUUUUCUUUCGGUUACCAGAUAACGACCAACUUAAUAACCUGGUAUCAUUGCAACGACUGGCUCGUUGCUGACGACCUUAUUGUGACGACCUGUGUUAAACGACCACAAAAAGUCCACCAACGUAUUUAAGCUACAUACUCCCUUAACACUUCAAGUUGUGCUCGUAGAAAGCAGAUUAAUUUAAAGCAUUAGCACAACAAAGUUCCCCAACAGCUUAUUGUAAUUCUUACCUUCUAUCUAUAAAGAUCAAGAAAGUAGAAACUGACAUAUUCA